UUAUUUGAAGAGCAAUAAUCUUCGCUGCGAUGUCGGUGGCUCUUCUGUUGAGCGCGUAGAGACCGGGGCUCUCGUUCGGGUCUUCCGCAUCGGUCAGGUCCGAAUUCGACGAAGACUCAUGGACUCGGGAAUUCGCAACGAACAAGUGAUCAGUUGAUCGGGGUCUUCUCAUGGAGGAGGCUCCUGAGCGUCAUGUCGCAAGUCGGAGGGCACGAUGAAGUUCUCGUAGCGCGGGACGAAUCUCGAUCGGGAGAGCUUCCGAUUCGCGUCGCGGAUUUCUGCUCUCCGUCGCAGCAUUCCUUGACGAUGCCAAGUGCCGAUAUUCCGCAGAAUGGCACGGACGAGAGAUUUCAAUUGGACUUCCAGAAUGCGAUCAAUCUGGGCACGGAGUCGGUCGUGGAGAUCUCCGGCGUCACCCACGUACUCCACAUAGAUUUUGAGUGUCAGCAGGCUCUGGCUAUCCCGUUGAAACCGGUGGAGGAAAAAGCUCGGGAGUUGGAUUUGGAAACACUCGGAGCUCUGCUAGGCCGCAGAGGUCCGGGGCGACCAUCACUGUCCGCAACAGAAACAGUCUCGAUCGUGGUCCUGACCAAACUUAUCUCGGUCUUAGUCCAGGUUCCUCUGGACGACGUUCCCCCCACUCUGAAAUUGAGUCAGCUCGGGGACCGGAUCUUGAAAACCAUCGUACAGUAUGAAGAGCUCUCCGCCACCUCGACGCUUGACCUGGACACCGAGGAAGGUCCUCUGACGCUCAACGUGAGUCUUGCCGUUCUAAAAGGGACCGUGGAUUGGGUUGACGAUGUCACUCUGGUCCCCGUGUACAGGACGUAUCCAGUCGAGGAUCCCGAGUUCUUCAAGGAGAUAAGCCUGAGGGGCGUCAUCGACGAGGAAAUCCAAUGUCCUUUCUGCGACUUCUACUCGUUUUACGAGGGCCACAUGAGCCGUCACCUUCAAGCGGGUCAUCGGGACUUUGUGGACGACACGAACACCAUGGAAUGCAGAAAAUGCCAUGUGGUUUUGCCGGGAAGCGAAUUUUUCCGGCAUCAUGUGCGGAAACAUCCAAACUUGGUCUGCCUCCAAUGUGGGGUCGUGGUCGAGCAGACGAACCAAAUGCGACGACACAACGAACGGCACGACAGUCUCUCACCGAAUCAUUGUGAAGUAUGCGGGAAAAUCUACAAAGAUCAAUAUAUACUCCGAUCUCACAUGAAGCUGGUUCAUGGGGAGCCGCUAAGUUUGCACGAAUGCUUUCAUUGCCAGAAGCGUUUCGAUCGCAAAGCGCACCUAAUCCGUCACUUGAAGCAUACGCACACCGACCUGAAACCUUUCGCUUGUGACAUGUGCGACUACCGCAGCAAUGCCCGGGGUGAUCUCAACAAGCAUCUGCUUAUUCACUCCGAACCCUCAUUUCGAUGCGGCCAAUGCGGUAAAUGCUUCACCCAUAGGAAGAGUCUUGUGCUACACGAGAAACGCCAUCUGGGGCUGCGGGAGUUCAAGUGCGGGCUGUGCGACUAUCUCGGUUACACUCACAACCAUGUGCGAAGACAUAUCGAGAGGGUUCAUGGCAACACUGACCUCCGGUCGGCGUUCGACACAGCUGUGAUUUCUGAAUAG